AUGGCAUUACAUAUACAUGGUUCAUCUAACCCUGUUGGUAUUUCAGGUAAUAUGGAUAGAAUCCCAAUGCAUAGUUAUUUCGUUUUCAAAGAUCUUGUAACUGUAUUCGUCUUCAUAAUAAUAUUUAGUUUAUUUGUAUUCUUUUCACCUAAUACUAUGGGUCAUAGUGAUAAUUAUAUACCGGGAAAUCCAAUGGUAACUCCACCUUCGAUCGUUCCUGAAUGGUAUUUAUUACCUUUCUAUGCUAUAUUAAGAUCUAUACCAGAUAAAUUAGGAGGAGUUAUUGCAAUGUUUGGUGCUUUACUUAUUUUAUUAAUUUUACCUAUAACAGAUAGAUCAGUUAUUAGAGGUAAUACUUUCAAAGUUUUAUCUAAAUUAUCUUUCUUUUUAUUUAUAUUUAAUUUUAUACUUUUAGGUAACUUAGGUCAACUUCAUGUUGAAGUACCAUUUAUUGAAUUAGGGCAAUAUGCUACUGCUUAUUACUUUGCUUAUUAUCUUAUCUUAGUUCCUGUUAUUUCUUCUAUAGAAAAUAUUUUAUUCUAUAUUGGUAAUAAACUAUAG